AUGCCGUACGCGACGUGCUCUUUCUGCGAGAAAUUACUGGAAAGCUACGGCGGGUUACGUAGACAUCAGCGGCGGAACAAAAAAUGCCUGUACGAACAGGACCGUCUAGCGGCAUUAGGCAUUCCGUACGGCCGCUUCUAUCGGCCGCCGUUAAUAACGAUCGUGCACGCAUCCGGUAGUCGCAUUGACGCGACAUUUGAGCCGCGCACAGCUCGCGAGCGCGACGAGGAGGAGGCCAAUGGCGAUGACGGGGCCGCGUGGUCAUCAGCUGAGUCAGCUCCGUCUGUUGCAUCGGGGGAGUCGUCGGACGUUGCGGAGGCGGGUGUCAGUCGGGAUUUUAGGCUAGAUAUUGCGCGCAUUGCGCGGACAUACUUCUUGCCUAAUGCAGCCAUAACCGACAUCAUCCAGUUGUUUAAAGCUGGGAACGGGGACCCAUCCGAGGUGGAUAUGUGGCAGACAUAUAGGGACCUCGAACGGUUCGAGGAGGAGUACCUGUCAUAUGGCGACGAAUGGGAGAUACGCGUGUUGGAGCUCAACGAGGGGCUGGGCUCGGUGACGUUUCGCAUCGGGCGGGGUGCCGGUAUAGUGGCAGCGGUGAUUCUGUUCAGUGAUGCGACCCAUCUGACGUUUAAUGGGAGGCAGCUGGCUCACCCGUUGAUGUUCUCGCUGGACAACAUUCCCGAGGCCAGCCGAUGGCUUGAAGGUGGCGUGGAGAUGGUAGCACUCUUCCCCCCGCUACCCGCAGCCUUGACUCCGGAGCAGAAGACGGAGCUCAUGCACGAGAUGUUGCGGCUGGUACUAGGGCCUCUCAUGCGCGCAUCAUCAGUCGAGAGCACCACCCACACCGUGAAAGGCCAGAAGGACGUGUACGAGCGGAUUGAGGGUACCAACCCGAAGAAGCGCAAGAGAGUGAAGUCGGCAUGGUGCACAUACUUUGUGAAGGUGAGUGACCCUCUGAGCGGAUCUCGCGCCGGGUGA